GACAAAGACGAACAAGAAGAGCCGACUCCGGCAUCCGACAUCGUUGUCACCAAAUACAAAAUGGCUGGUGACAUGGUGAAUGGAAUCAUUAAAGAAGUUGUUGCAAAGUGUGUUGAUGGGGUGUCAGCACUGUCUGUGUGCGAAUUUGGAGAUAGCCGUUUACUUGAAGAGACCAACAAAGUUUUCAAGAAAGACAAAGAAAUGAAGAAAGGUAUUGCCUUCCCAACCUGUGUAUCUGUCAACAACUGUAUCUGUCACUUCUCCCCACUUAAGACAGACACUGAACUGUUACUGAAGAAUGGGGAUGUCGUCAAAAUAGACCUUGGUGCACACAUUGAUGGGUUCAUUGCUGUUGUUGCCCACACACUGGUGGUUGGAGCCACACCUGAAAACAAAGUGGACGGUCGACGAGCUGAUGUGAUAAUGGCAGCCCACCAAGCAGCUGAGGCUUGUCUCCGACUAGUCAAACCUGGAAAUGAUAAUAACAAAGUAACAGAAUCUAUAUCAAAAGUAGCCAUGGCCUAUGACUGCAAACCUGUAGAAGGAAUGCUGUCUCACCAGUUGAAACAACAUGUGAUAGAUGGAGAGAAAGCCAUUAUCCAGAAUCCAACAGAGGCACAAAGGAAAAAAUAUGAGGCCAAAUAUAGUAAAGAACAUGAAAAGUGUGAAUUUGAAAUGUAUGAUGUAUUUGCUGUGGAUGUCCUCGUCAGCUCUGGAGAAGGAAAGGGAAGAGAAUUUGACACCAGAACCACUGUAUAUAAGAAAAAAGAUAUGGUUUAUCAACUGAAGAUGAAAGCUUCACGACAAUUUUUAAGUGAAGUAGACAAAAAAUUUGGUCUCAUGCCUUUCACAUUACGAUUAUCAGAGGAUGAGAAGAAAGCCAAGAUGGGAGUUGUGGAAUGUGUCAAACAUGAAUUAAUGCAGCCAUUUGCUGUUCUAUAUGAAAGAGAUGGUGAAUUUGUGGCCCAGUUCAAAUACACAAUGGUGCUGAUGCCCAAUGGUCCACUUAAAUUGACGGGGAUGCCGUUUGAUAGCGACUUGUACCUAACAGACAAGACAGUGGAGGACGAAGAACUCAAGACACUUCUCGCCCAGUCAGCAUCACGGAAGGCAGCCAAGAAGAAGAAAAAGAAGGCCGGAAAAUCCAUGGCCGAGAACACUGCUCCAGGAGAUGAUUAAGUGGGUGUGAGUGUUUGUGUAUCAAGUUGGAACUUUUGAGGGCUGAUCUUGGUUAAGUUAGAUACAUUUGACACCAUGGACAGUAUGACGAGGAGAGGGACUUCGAAUUUGAGAUCUGGAAGUCCUUUCCUUUAGGGAUAAACCAGGCUGCAAUGUGCUGUAAGGCAGCUGAUCUCAGGUUCUUGUACUGCGAUUCACUGUACAGUCUCCUGUAAGCCUUGCUUCUCUGCACAGGAGGUUUAGGAAAAUACAGCUUGACUUUAAAUUUGUGGUUCAUCAUGCUGAAAAAAUAUUUGGAGAUACUUAAGAAAAAAAAUCUUUUUCAGUUCAUUUGUUAAUGAUAUUUCUCUUCGAAAAAUAUUAAUCCAUUACCUUUUGCACUAAUCAGUGGUCUUUCCAAUAUUUAUAUACAGAUGUGAAACAUGUCUGUUUGGCUUAUAGAUAAUUUUACUAUAAGAGUUCAAUAAAGGGAAGAUGUUGUCUUUACUUCAAUAUAAAACACGCACUUGAUGUUUGUGCUUUAUAAUAAUUGGUAUUUGGUGCAUAUCUCAUUGGUGUAGGGCAAGUUAAUAUUUCGUAUAGCAAGGAUAUUGUCUCCAGCUUCUUAUUGAUAAAAAGAAGUUUUAUAUUUCUUGUUAAAAGGUUCUAAAAGGUUCAGAAAGCCUGCAUUAUCGUUAAUUUCGUAUAUUUUUUCUGUUCACAAGUGAACGCAAUCACUUGAGAGUAAAGCCAACUGCACUGAAUUUUUUGUUUAUAUCAACAAAUCUUGCAGUAUGCUCCAUGGAUAACGAAUUCUACCAGAACUUAGUAUUGUUUGAAACCAUGUUUCACUGCAUUGUCCAAAGUUUGUUAAAUGAUGGACCAUAUUUAUUUUUUAUAUACAUCUAUUUCAUCAAAGGUGGGUCAAUCCAACUUAUUCAAUUUCUUACAACUGGAGAUAAACCUGUUGUCACUUUAAGAAAUCGUGACGAGUUUACGGGUUUGUAGACACAGAUUAAAGAGGAAGGAGAGUGGCUUUGUUGUAUGUACUGUGUCCUGAUUCUUACAGUCUUCCAAUCUUAUGUAAAGGUAAUACCGGACUAAAACAUGUCUUGGAACAACUGGCGUAUUCAUUAUAAUCAAAAUUGUGUUAUUUUACAAAUUUUAUUUCAACAAGGAAAGUUUCUUGUUUUGUAAUGAUGUAAAUUCACCUUUAGACAUUUGAUGUGAUUAGGAUAGAGGAUCAAAUUUCGUCCCAUAUACAGGAGGUCAGGCAGUUGAUUCACCCAGAUGGAAGAGAUGAAUAAAACAAGUGCUAUCAUCCACAA